AUUCUUCUUCACGCCGUCUACUCCUCCGUGUCAGCAACUCAGUGUCGCCGUCUCCUCUCCCCCUUCCACUGCCACCGCCGCAGCCUCCCGCUAGCGGUUUUGCACUGAUUUUCUACUCCAUUAUUGGUUCUGAAAUUGAGACAGAAGGGUACGACGAGGAUGAAGGAAUAAAUUUGGCACAAAAAGUUUUCCCUUACUUUGAUAUAGAUAGAUAAAGUGAGAAAAAGAAAAAGAAAAAGAAAAAGAAAAGAAAAAGUUGGACAAAGGGGGAGGGGAGUGAGCUCUGAAGUUGCAUCUUCUUCCAUCACGAGUGAAACUGGAGGUGGGCUGCUAGCAUCUUCUUCGUUGGGAUGCUCUCAAUCUCUGAGCAUCCACGGAGUGAACCUAUUUGCUUUGUAGGCAUUUUCAGAAACUGCAUGGGGAGGGGUGCAUUUCUAUUUUGUAGCCAUCAGGGGCUGUUUUGCUUGAAAGGUUACAGGAUUAUGUGGCAGAACAUACGACAUCUUUUACUAGCAACCCGAUACUACUCUAGAAUUUCUCCUCCACCACCUUCCUAUGCCAAGCCUGUCAUUAGAGUUUCAAACAACAUAGCACAAUUGGGUAGUCCUAAAGAAGGCCCAAAGCCCCGGCAGCUCCUAUCGCUGCCCCCAUUUCCUGGUCACCCUUUGCCUGGGAAGAAUCAGAUUGGUGUCUCUGGGGAGUCAACUCAUGUCACUGCCAUAAGAUGGGUGAAGCAUUAUUUUGAUGAAAUUGAAGAUUCUGUCAUUCAGUCCCAUUUCAGAAAAGGUCUUGUCCAGGUGGAAUGCCACAAUGGAGGCUUGGAUGUAAAAGGAAAUUCGAAACCUAUGAGAAAGAUUAGGAGUAGUGAGAUUGUGGAAACUGGGGCACGCAUCCAUAUACCUGUAUCAGUUGCAGAGUUGAAGGUUUCUAGGAGAUUUGACACUAUUCCAAGUGGCACAUUGUACCCAAACGCUGAUGAAAUCAAGUACUUGCAAAGGCUUGUCAAGUACAAGGAUUCUGCUAUUAUCGUAUUAAAUAAACCCCCCAAACUACCAGUCAAGGGGAAUCUUCCAGUUCAUAAUAGUAUGGAUGCAUUGGCGGCUGCAGCAUUAUCUUAUGACUACGAUGAUGGACCCAAGUUGGUUCACCGUUUGGAUAGAGAGAGCAGCGGGAUUCUCUUGAUGGGGAGAACAAAGGAAAGUGUAGCCCAUUUGCAAUGGCUAUUUAGCAAUAUAAGAAAUGCAAGAUCUGCAUGUAAGGCUUGGGACGAGGCAUGUAAUGCAACAUAUCAAAAGUAUUGGGCAUUAGUAAUUGGCUGUCCCAGAGAAAGAGAAGGCUUAAUCUCUGCUCCUCUAUCAAAGGUGCUUCUUGACGAUGGAAAGACCGAGAGGGUUGUCUUGGCAAACAAAACAUCCUUGGAAGCUUCUCAGGAGGCAAUCACUGAAUAUCGUGUUCUUGGUCCCACAAUAAAUGGUUGUUCAUGGAUUGAACUUUGUCCACAUACUAGCCGAAAGCAUCAGCUACGGAUCCAUUGUGCUGAAGCUCUGGGCACGCCCAUUGUUGGUGACUAUAAAUACGGUUGGUUUGUACAUCGGACGUGGAAACAAAUGCCCCGGGUUGACGUUGAGCCAAUAAGUGGGAAGCCGUACAAGUUGCGCAGGCCAGCAGGGUUGGAUGUGCAGAAGGGGAGUGUAUUAUCCAAGGUGCCCUUAUUACAUCUUCACUGCAGAGAGCUUGUUCUUCCCAAUUUUGCUAAGUUCGUUCAUGUUUUGGAUGAUAAAAGGCCGAUCAGCCACCACCCGGUAUCCAGCUUGAACUCUGAUCUCUUACGUUUUGUAGCAAGAAUGCCUUCCCAUAUGAGAAUCAGCUGGAAUUUGAUGUCUUCCUAUUUAGUAUGAGUAACUUGAGUUUUCAUAAGUUGAUUUAGGGAGAUAAACAUGAUUGUAAUAGGAGCAUUUUUUUUUCUUUUUUUUUUUUAAAAAAAAUAUAUAUAUGUGGGUUGGGAAAACCAGGAGAAAUCAAUUCUCUGAUUUAGAGAUGGAUAGUACAAAUAUUAUGUCAAUUGAGUUA